UUCGGCUAUUUCCGUCAUAUCCCGUAUUGAUUUUCGAUGUAAACAUGGCAGACUGCAGAUGAUGACUGCAUAUGUAAUGACUAAAGUGUCCCUGUCAAGCUGUUUGAGUACUCUUCAACAACUGUAAUUUUAAACACAGAAAAAGUAAGAAACUUAUCCAUCAACACAUUGCUCACAAGGAGGAAGCUUAAAGUGUUCCAAAAUGUCUAGGCAUGGCUACUCUGGCUCCAACUAUGAUAGACACGUGGAAAGAACUGAGACAUCCACACUACACAAGAUGAAGGAGACAUUCUGGACGACGAAACAAGCGGUCAUACAGAAACUGGGCAAAAAGGAAGAUGAACAUGUAGUCGCUUCUGAUGCACAGCUGGACUCCAAACUGGAGGUGUUUAGAGCCAUACAAAAAUCCUCCAUGGAACUUUUGCAUGUGAUAGAGAAGUACCAGGACCGACUUUGUGCUCUGUCACAGGACGAGAAUUCUAUGGGGAGAUUCUUAAAGUCGCAGAGUAACAUUGACAAAACGAGGGCUGGCAAAAUGAUGGCAGCUGUCGGCAAAUCUCAGAGUUUUGCUGCUCAACAAAGAUUAUCAUUACGUGUUCCACUAGUUCGUCUUUACCAGGAAGUGGAAACCUUCCGCUACCGUGCCAUCUCCGAUACAUUGAUGACAAUAAAUAGGAUGGAGGGGGCACGGACAGAAUAUAGGGGUGCCCUCUUGUGGAUGAAAGCAGUUUCCGAGGAACUUGACCCAGAUACGUUUAAGCAAUUAGAAAAAUUUAGGAAGGUACAGGGCCAAGUGAGAAAGACGAAGGCACGGUUUGACAAGCUUAAGUUGGACGUGAUGCAGAAAGUGGACCUGUUAGCAGCCAGUCGAUGUAACAUGUUCUCACAUGUCUUGGCCAACUAUCAGUCUACGCUGCUCCACUUCUGGGAGAAAACCUCCCGCACACUCUCCGCCGUCGCUGAGAGUUUUAAGGGGUAUCAGCACUACGAAUUUAGCAUCAUCAAGGAAUUAGCUGAACCAAGUAAACGACUGGAGAAUUCGUCACGUCUCGAGCCUGCGGAGCGUGACACAGACGAGGAGUUUGACCCCACAGCUGAUUUAGAGCCAGACAGUGGAGAGGAGUCAACUGACCAUUGUCCAGUGCUAAAACCGUCCUGUUUGACCGAUGACACAGGCCAGGAAUAUCCUGAUGACAAUGUCACGCCGGCCAAACCAGCUCAGGAAAUACCAAAAAUACCCGCCCCUAAUCACCAUAUCUCCAACCACAAGAGUCUUGCUCCUGAUAUACAGGAGCUAGACAAUCUCAUAGACUUACAAGUUGAUUCAGAUAGCGACAGGUUGUUGUCACUUGAGGAUGAGAGUGUGGGAAAGGAUGAAAACCGACAGACUGGUAGUCUACAGAACCUGUAUGAGGGGGAGUCAGACAAUGUCGAAGAGAAGCGAUUAGAGGGUAAGACAGACCCACAAGACGAUGAUGGCGAGUCUUUCAUGGAGUUUGGCGACUUCGUAGAUGAUUCACAAGAGGAGUUCGAUUUUAGUGGGAAAAUUUUAUCAUUACAACAGAAGCACCCUAUGUCAAAACUGGAUAAAAGUAAGCAGGACCUGUUGUGUGAUGAUAUUGAACAGGAGGAUACGGAGAAGGAUGACAUGACGAUUCUCAACGAGAUUUUAAAUGCACCAUCAACAGGGGGUGAUGACUUCACACGGGAAUGGCAGGCGGUUUUUGGCAAUGUGCCACUGUCGUCAGGGACGACGUACACACCCGUAGAAAGUGACCAACCAGCUCAGCCCGCCGAGUUCAUGCCAUCAAAUCUGCUUGACCUGAGCAAGCACAUAGCCAAUCAGUCUAAUGUACCAACUAACACAGGGACACAAAACCCAAAGCAAAACAUGGCUUCGGGACAGGAACUACAGCAAUCAAAACCUAAAGGAGCUGGUAAGAAGGGGGAAAAGAAGGACAUGUCAGCAUGGUUCAACUUAUUUGCUGACCUUGACCCUCUCUCCAAUCCGGACGCCAUCGGUAAAUCAGCCGACGACAUGUCAGAUGCCCAAAUGUAGAAGUGUUCAUAUUAUUCCCUUGUAGAGUUAGCAUGACCCAAUUGGAUGUCUUGCAAUAAGUUUAUCAUUUCCUAUCAUUUACAGUGAUCACACGGAAAUCGUUACAAUAUUUGUAGGCACACAUGAUGUUGAGUCUAGAAAGAAAGUGAAUAUAAAGAUUUUGAGAUCAAGAGACACUAGUGUAGGUGUCUAUAUGGAUGUCAUUUGUGACCCUGUCUAGUGUUCCAAGGAGAUUCUGUUGAAUGUGGUGAAUUCCUAAAUAUACAGAGAAAGGUUGUUCAGUAGAUGGCAUAUAUCUCAACACAAUUGGACUGUAAUAAAAGUUUAAGGAUCCCCGUACCACUGCCAAAAACUGUAACUGAGUUUUAAUAACUGUCUUUUUACGGCUUGACUAUAGCUUUGAUAAAUCUUUUCUGAAAAUAAAAGCUUACCUUCCGGGACAUUCAUGGGAAAGGAUAAAGAUGAUAUGAACAAAAUAUAAUCAACAAAAAUGUCAUGAUUGUAAAAUACACGAGGGGCUAGACAAUGAUUUGUACCCUGGACUUCAGAUUGUUAUACUAGCGCUGUAAUCUGUUGAACUGCCUAGUCUAUGGAAGUGUCCUUGCCCAACUGCUACAUUUAUAUCUAAACGGAAGGUAAGGAGAGGUUACUGUAUAUAGGAAAAACUCAGCACAGUGGGACAGGGAUCCUUAAGG